AUGACAAUGCAACAUGAUGUGUGCACGUGGCUCCACUUUAUCGUGAGACCCUCUUUCAAGCACAUAUACCGGACGAAGGACCUGUACAAUACGGAACUGAACCAAAUCAAAGAAAUCUUGAACUCCCGACCGACGACGACAACGACGAUCCGUCGAGGCCCUCGAUUGUUUCGCCGACACGUCGUGCCUCCAGUCCCAGAAUGCCCCAAGUACCAAACGAAACGCAUCAAAGUCUCCGACGUACGCGUCCCGUUCUCGACUGCCGUUGCGCGCAGAUACAAGCUACGAUACUCGAGCUUACCGACGAUUCCAGAAGUGCCAUGA